GAGUCUGUCGCGUGGAGCCGUGGACGUGCAAGCCACUCCAGUCGCCAGUCGCCAGUGCAAAACUGCACUCGGAGGAAGCAAGUCCGUGUGUCUGCGUUCUUGCUACAGAAAAAACAGAAUAUAUUGGAUUCAUCCGAUCCUACACAACUGAUUUACUCGUGUCGCAGAAUGAAAUUCUAUCCCGCACUUCUGCAAUUAAUCUUUCCGGUGUGCAAACUCUGCUCCGCCGCCACUCGAAGAGAACAGCCCCGGUGCAGGAAGAGCCGCGAACCGAACAAAACGCGCCGGAUUGCUGCGCCGGAACGGUGGGUAUUGCAGCUCCGAGACACUGACGUAUUCACAGGUAUUGUGGAAUGUUUGACUGCCUUGAAGAUAUCGGACGGAGAUGGCGUAGACAUGCAGGACUCCACAGAAGAGGACCAGCUGUUCGACUCCACAGUCGGCCACAUCGAAGAAAUGCUCAUGGAUGUCGGUUUUCAGAAACUUCAAAAAGAAUUCAUGGAAAAGUAUUGGUGUGAAUUUGAGGACAAGGAAGAAAAUAAAUUGAGCUACAUGACUAUUUUUCAAGAAUACAUACAAAGCAUUGAAAAAUACAUUGAAAACUUCCUCAUGCAGAAGAUACAAAACUUUUCAAUGGAUGAUUUUGUACAGUCUUUACAUGACCGCAAAGAUAAACUGGAUGGUGAAGUUUUCGAGAUGAUGUUUACAUUUUCUGAUUUCGUGGCAUUCAAAGAAAUGUUUUUGGAUUACAGAGCUGCGAAGGAAGGUACCAUCCAUGAUCUGAGUCAAGACAUACUCAUUACUUCUGUGGGAAACAGUUGACUAAAAGAUUCAAGUUCGAGUCUGUUUACUGUGUUUUAAUUUGGUUACUAUAAGACUGAAUAAGUGUUAAAAUUUUAUUUAUUGACUUACCUUAAAUUUUGUGUAGAGUGCAUUGUGCCGGAACAGUGCUGAAGUUGUCUUGUGAAGUAUGCACUAAUUGUACAUUUAGUUAGGGAAGUAGUAGUUACGUAUACAGCACAAUGCAAGAUGUAUGAAAGAUAAGCACACAUGUACAUACAGAAUACAUAAUAGCAUACAGAAAAUUUCAUUUCACAAAUACAUAGGUAACUGACUGCUAUAGCAAAGCAAAGUACGUACAUCAUUAGUACUAGAUGUGUGUGUUAGCAUAGUUCAGUUAUUGCAAUAUUAAAUGUAUUAAGUAUUAGAGUUUUUUUUUUAGCAAUUUUUGUAUUCAGAAUUAUGAAAAAAAUUUGGGGCUGUUGGGACACUCUGCCGUUGGUUUAACGUGAGACGUCUGUCAGCUAGUCACUCUUAGUGUACAGUCUUAAAUGUACAGUUUUGUAAAUAAACUUUGUAGAUGUA